CCCCCUCGCUCGCAGGACGUGUAAGUGUUAGCACUUUAGCUCUGUCAAACGAAUCCAUGUAAAUCUGCAUCAAUCCAUCAACAUCCACAUUUCAUACAUAUACGGGUCAAGUCGCUCCUGAAACAGAAUGCCACGCAAGAUUGAAGAAAUCAAAGAUUUCCUGCUUACAGCAAGGAGGAAGGAUGCCAAGUCUGUCAAGAUCAAGAAGAACAAGGACAAUGUGAAGUUCAAGGUCCGCUGCAGCAGAUACCUGUACACAUUGGUCAUCACAGACAAAGAGAAGGCUGAGAAGCUCAAGCAGUCCCUGCCACCAGGUCUGGCUGUGAAGGAGCUGAAGUAGAUGUCUCUCUUGUACAAAAUGGAAUAAAAUUGGGAAAAUUA